CGGACCAGGACCGGGUGAAGCGGCCCAUGAACGCAUUCAUGGUGUGGUCCCGCGGGCAGCGGCGGAAGAUGGCCCAGGAGAACCCCAAGAUGCACAACUCGGAGAUCAGCAAGCGCCUCGGCGCCGACUGGAAGCUGCUGAGCGACGCCGAGAAGCGGCCCUUCAUCGACGAGGCCAAGCGGCUGCGGGCCGUGCACAUGAAGGAGUAUCCGGAUUACAAAUACCGGCCCCGGAGGAAGACCAAGACCUUGCUGAAGAAGGACAAAUACUCGCUGCCCGGCAAUCUGCUGGCCCCGGGGGGGGGCAGCGCGGUGAGCAGCCCCGUCGGGGUGGGGCAGAGGAUUGACACUUACGCGCACAUGAACGGCUGGACCAACGGCGCUUACUCGCUGAUGCAGGAGCAGCUGGGCUACAGCCAGCACCACCCGGGCAUGAACAGCCCGCAGCUGCAGCAGAUGCACCGCUACGACAUGACGGGCCUGCAGUACAGCCCCAUGAUGUCCACGGCCCAGAGCUACAUGAACGCCGCCUCCACCUACAGCGUGUCCCCCGCCGCCUACGGCCAGCAGCCCUCCACGGCCAUGAGCCUGGGCUCCAUGGGCUCCGUGGUGAAAUCCGAGCCCAGCUCGCCGCCCCCGGCCAUCGCUUCCCACUCGCAGAGGGCCUGCCUGGGAGACCUGCGGGAUAUGAUCAGCAUGUACCUGCCCCCCGGCGGGGAUGCCACAGAGCCUUCCUCCCUGCAGGGCAGCAGGUUACACAGCGUCCACCAGCACUACCAGAGUGCCGGGACUGCCGUCAAUGGUACCGUACCACUAACUCACAUAUAAACUUGGGGCUGCUCCGGACGCUUCCCCGUCUUAAUCCUUAACCCCACCACCGCUCCCUGACCACACCGGGACGUACGGCAGUGUUGCUCGGCUUAGCAGACUUGAUACUAACUCUGGAGAAAUUUUAAAAAGGAAAUCCGUUAGUUGUAUUUUUUUUUAUUUUAUUUUUAUUUUUUUUUGGUACAAGAAAUAAUAUUUGAGCAAGUUUGUUUAUUUUAAUAAAGCACAACUCCUGCCUCCUAGAAGCCGCUGUGAAGUUUUCAAACCACGGCAACUCCUUUCCUGGUUUCGGCUAGGUUGGGCACUGUUUUAUUCGCUUAAAAGUUUUUUUUAAAAAUCUUGCAUCUUCCAGUUUGAUUUCUAGCCUUGCAAUGACUUAAACAAAAACCGCGGGCUUUUGUUUUUAAACUCGGUUGUUCACAUAAUGGCUGUGGUUUAUUAAGUGUUUUGUUACCGACCCUCGCUUGGUUUCUAUCCACAAUCUGUAGCUUUCACGAGUUUUUAAUUUUGAGGUUUUAUUCCUUGAAAAGGGGGAGGUGGGAGAGAGCAGAGCUGUGCGGGUCGCAAACGCAUUUCUUUUAUUUAUAGUAAGUUGUGUGUCUUGGUUUUCCUUAAGCUGUAAACUUAUGUAAAUGGGUUUGUGAGUUUUACUGUGAAUCAUGUUUUGACAUAUCGGCUGAAAAAAAAAAAAAA